AUGGAGGCAGGAUCGAGUGUUUUUUCGGUGGCUCCACCAGUGUUUGAUGGAGAAAAUUAUCAAGCCUGGGCGGUGAGAGUGCAAGCCUAUCUAGAGGGUUGUGAUUUUUGGGAAGCUGUGGAACAAGAUUAUGAAGUUGCUCCCCUUCCCGACAAUCCAACCAUUAAUCAGAUCAAGUUUCACAAGGAGAGGACGACAAGGAAGGCAAAGGCAAAGUCUUGUUUAUAUGCCUUUGUAUCACUUGCUAUUUUCAGCGAAAUUAUGGCUUUUGAAUCAGCCAAAGCUAUCUGGGACUUCCUCAAAGUUGAGUAUCAAGGAGAUGAGAGGAUCAGAAGCAUGAAGGGGCUAAAUCUGAUCACAGAAUUCGAGAGACUGCGAAUGAAGGAGUCGGGGACAAUUAAGGAGUAUUCUGAUAAGUUGAUAAGCAUUGCAAAUCAGGCAAGAGUUCUAGGCACCGACCUCUCCGACAAUAGGCUAGUGCAGAAAAUUCUUGUCUCUUUGCCCGAAAGGUUUGAGGCAACCAUUGCCUCUUUGGAGAAUACCAAGGAUUUGUCUCGGAUCAAGUUGGCGGAAUUGCUUAGUGCUCUGCAAGCACAAGAGCAGAGGAGGUUAAUGAGGCCGGAAGGAAAGAAGGGAGAUCAGCAGCAAGGUGAGGCACAUGCCGCAGCCCAACAAGAGGUAGAUCAACUGUUUGUUGCCUCUCGUUUCUCUUCUAGUACUCCAUGUGAAAGUUGGCUUGUUGAUAGUGGUUGCACAAACCACAUGACAAGUGAUGAAAAGUUAUUUAUAGACCUUGACAAGUCAUUGAAGUCGGGAGUGAGGAUUGGGAAUGGGGAGUACUUAGAAGUGAAAGGUAAAGGGAUUGUAGCAAUAGAGAGUUGUCUUGGAACUAAACUGGUUUCUGAUGUGAUGUAUGUGCCCGAGAUUGAUCAGAAUUUGCUGAGUGUGGGACAGUUGGUAGAAAAGGGAUUUAAGGUCAAGAGAGACAAGUUGGGGGAGAAAGCUGAACCUGGAAUCUUUGUUGGCUACGAUUUAGUGUCAAAAGCCUACGGGAUCUAUCAACGACAAACAGGGAAGAUAAUCACUAGCGGGGAUGUUCAUUUCCUAGAAAACGAGCAAUGGGACCGGACGGAUGAGUCACAAGGCAAGCACAAGGAGGUCUCACUGGAACCCGACGAGCCGGUAGAUGAUGUUCCUGUUAGAGGUACCGGAUCUCUAAGCGAUAUAUAUCAGAGGUGUAGUGUGGCUGUUUUGGAACCCGCUAGUUAUGAGGAAGCUAAAAGUGAUCAGAAGUGGAUGAAUGCAAUGAAGGAAGAGUUGACUAUGAUAGAAAAGAACCGGACAUGGGAGCUAGUGGAGAGGCCUCAAGACGGGAAGGUAAUUGGAGUAAAAUGGGUUUUCAGGACCAAACUCAAUCCCGAUGGCUUAGUGAAUAAGCAUAAGGCCAGGUUGGUGGUGAAGGGAUAUGUACAAGUUUGGGGAGUUGAUUUCUCAGAAACCUUUGCUCCCGUUGCAAGAUUAGAUACAAUUAGAAUGACUCUUGCUUUGGCAGCUCAACAAGGAUGGAAGGUGUAUUAG